AUGGAACAAACAAGAACACUCUCACCUUGCCUGCAGUCUCUGAGGAAACAACGGGUUUCUCUUGUGGACAGUCUAGAGGGACAUAUCGAGGUCCUCUUGGAUUUCCUGUUAAUGGAAUGUGUGUUCACCAGAGACGACCAAGAAGAGAUACUUUAUGAAAAAGGACCUCGUGGGAAGGUGCGAAAGGUGUUGGAUAUUCUGGACAGCAAAGGAGAAGAGGCAGCCAAAAUCUUUCUUUCUGCCACCAGCAGUCUGAGUAUGGUUUCCCAAAAGGUUCCAGAGCAUUCUUUAAAACAAAGAAACUCUACAGAAUAUCUCAGGCUAAUACAAAAGCACAAAGCAGUCCUGAAACGCAGAAGUGAAAGUAUGCUUUACUAUAACACUCGACACGGUGAAAAAGUCCCUUUCUGUGAACACUACGUGAAUCUUCUGAUUGUGAAUGGUCACCAUAGCUUGGAAAAUAAGAAGCAUGAGGUUCUAGCCUUUGGCCAGCAUAGAAUCUCCCUACAACAGAAUUCAGUGGAGCAGAGGUUAAUCCAACCAGAGCAGCUAUUCUCCCAUGCAACAGGCACCCAAUCAGCCCAAAAGAUCCUGGUUGCUGGGGUUGCAGGUAUUGGAAAAACUGUCCUAGUGCAGAAGAUCCUCUUUGACUUCAGUAAUGACAAAGAACAUUUAGCUUUUGAUUUCAUUAUUCACUUGACUUUCAGGGACUUGAAUUUGAUAAGCAAACCUGUUAGUUUUCGAGAACUGGUCCUCCGUAAAAAUGGUCAUCUCUCCAAACAUCUGGAUACCAUCUUGGAAAAUGACUCCAAGCUUCUGAUCCUUCUCGAUGGUUUUGAUGAAUUCAAGCACUACAUGGGCUGUGAUGUUGACCUAUUUGUCACAGACCCUGAUGAAAAAGGUGAAGUAGUUGAGGUCCUAUCCAGUCUCAUGCAGGGUGAACUUCUCCCAGGAGCUUCUGUGCUACUAACUAGUAGGCCGAUGGCAGUAAGUCAUAUCCCAGUUGGAGUCAUUGAUUGCUUUGUUCUCAUUAUGGGAUUCUCCUCCAAUGAAAUCAGGGACUUUUUCCAUCGCUUCUUCCAGGAUGGAGAGCUAGCCUCUAAGAUGUUUGAGACAGUGGCAGGAAAUGAUUUAAUGUUAACUCUUUGCUACAUACCAGCUUUUUGCUACAUUGUGUGCAGCAUCCUGAAAGACAAUGAUGGUUUAUCAACAAACAGUCCCAAGACAAUGACAGAUAUCUACACACAGUAUCUCGUGGCACUGAUAAAAUCUCACACUCAAAACCGGCAAGAGUCACUGAAAUGUAAAACCACCGUCAAAGGGCACUUGGACCAGCUCCGAGAGAUCGUGCUCAAACUCGGGAAACUAGCUUACCAAAAGCUAAUGGAUCAUGAGAUGCUCUUUUACAGCACUGAUGCAGAAGUUGCCAUGCUAGACAAGUGUGGCAUAGUCAGUACAUUCCUGGACAUGACAUCUAUUCAGGAGCCAAGCUGUACAGAAGAUGUGUACUCCUUCACGCACCUCACUGUUCAAGAGUUCCUUGCAGCCCUUUACUGUGCAAUGUCAAAGACAGCCUUACCUGAGAACUUGAGAUACAGUGUAGAACGUGGUCCUGAAAACAUGUCAGGACGCCUAGACUUGUUUGCCAGGUUUCUCUCUGGACUUCUUUCAGAGAGAAACCAGAGUUUGCUCUCUCGAAACCUAGGGUUCAAACAGGAGGAGGAUAAACAACAAACUUAUCGAUUAGGGCUUUUAAGUAGCAUUCAGGCUCUGUGUGAGAAUGGAGCUUAUAUCCUAACACACUUGCACUGUGUCUUUGAGCAGCAGGAUGCUUCACUAAUGCAUGAACUUCAGCUACAAACGCUGCGCAUUAAUGUCAGCGAUGUCACACUCUCCACAAUGGACUACACUGCUAUUAAGUACUUUCUUAAUGAAAUCCAAGGGACUAUAUUAGAGCUUGAUCUGACAGGGUCUAACAUCAACGCUGAAUCUUUAAGAGACCUACAACCCUACCUGUGCAGAUGCGAAAAACUAUGGCUUGGGGAAAACAAACUUGACAUGAAAGCAGUUGAGGUCAUCGCCGACGUGCUACGGUCUUCAGAUACCAUUGUUUAUCUCGGUCUAGGGUGGACAAAUAUUGGUGAUGAAGAAAUUUUUGUUCUCAUCAACGCAAUUAAGACCAGACAAACCUUAUCAGAGUUGUGGAUGGAGGGAAACAAAGUCAGCUAUAAAGGUCUGUCUGCACUACAAGAACUGACCCCAUUUCCUCUGCGUACAGUGGCUGCUAUAUGGAACGAUGUGACUGAUGAGGAAGCUGAGGAACUUAACAGCAUCUCUUCAGAACAGUGCUUUACUGUGUCCUUCACUGACGACAACAGAAUGUGGGAGGUAUGGGCUGCAUGGGUCUAUCAGAGAUGUGAGGUCAGCGGCAGUGAAAAACUGGUGACUUUUCUCCAAAAGGUCUGUAACAUAUCCAAACGGAUUCUGGAGAUUCCGUGGGCGGAAACGUUUUACCAGAAGCUUGUGAAACUGAUCAAGAUCAGGACGGACCAGUGUAACGAGGACGACAUACGACGGAAACUGGAAAAAUUUCAGGCACUUCUAUCAGCAGAAUGA